AUAUGAAACGUAAUGGGAGUAGAAACUGUUUGAAUAGGAGAAGCAGGUUUGGGUCUCGAGAAAGAGACUGGCUGAGAGAAGAUGUGAAGAGAGGCUGUGUUUACCUUUAUGGAGCAGAGACAUCCACUGCCACUACAACCACCACCUCCGCUGCCUCUGAUUUGCAUCUUGUCCUUUGCACAGUGGAGACACCAGCAUCAGAAAUAUGUGCUGGAGAGGGAAGGGAAAGUCUUUAUUUACAACUUCAUGGAGACCUGGUCAGGAGACUGGAACCUACUGAACGACCUCUUCAGAUAGUUUAUGAUUACUUAUCCACACUGGGCUUUGAUGACCCUCUGCGCAUACAAGAGGAGGCAACAAAUCCUGAUCUCAGCUGUAUGCUUCGAUUUUAUGGCGAAAAACCAUGCCAGAUGGAUCAUCUGGAUCGAAUUCUUCUGUCUGGCAUCUAUAAUGUACGCAAGGGAAAGACCCAGCUGCAUAAGUGGGCUGAACGCCUAGUUGUUCUCUGUGGCACCUGUCUCAUCGUUUCCUCAGUGAAGGAUUGUCAAACUGGGAAGAUGCACAUUUUGCCUCUGGUUGGGGGAAAGGUAGAAGAAGUAAAGCGAAGGCAGUACUCUCUUGCAUUCAGCUCAGCAGGAGCCCAAGCUCAGACCUAUCACGUCAGCUUUGAGAGUUUAGCCGAGUACCAGAGAUGGCAACGACAGGCAUCCAAGGUGGUGUCUCAGCGAAUGAGUUCUGUUGAUCUCUCCUGUUACAGCCUUGAGGAGGUUCCUGAACAUCUUUUCUACAGUCAAGAUAUCACCUACCUCAACUUGCGACACAACUUCAUGCAAUCAGAAAGACCAGGGGGCCUUGACACUCUCUACAAAUUUUCUCAACUGAAGGGUCUGAACUUGUCUCAUAAUAAACUCGGGCUGUUUCCUGUAUCAUUAUGUGAGAUUUCUACCUUGACUGAACUCAACCUUUCCUGUAAUGGCUUCUACGACCUGCCCAGUCAGAUCAGCAGUUUACUAAAUCUUCAAACCCUCUGUCUAGAUGGCAACUUUUUAACUACUCUACCUGAAGAAUUGGGAAAUCUGCAACACCUUUCUUCUCUGGGAAUUUCCUUCAACAACUUUAGUCAAAUUCCCGAGGUUUAUGAGAAACUCACUAUUUUAGAUAAAGUGGUUAUGGCAGGAAAUCGAGUGGAAGUCCUAAACCUAGGGGUGCUGAAUCGGAUGAGCCAUAUCAAGCAUGUUGAUUUAAGGAUGAACUGUUUGAAAACCAUGAUUGUUGAAAAUCUAGAAGGAAAUAAACAUAUCACCCACGUGGAUUUGCGGGACAAUCAACUGACUGACUUAGAUCUUAGCUCCUUGUGUAGCUUGGAGCAGCUGCAUUGUGAACGGAACCAGCUGAGGGAGCUGACACUCAGUGGCUUCUCUCUUCGCACGCUCUAUGCCAGUUCAAACAGGUUGACAGCUGUGAAUGUCUACCCAGUGCCCAGUCUGCUCACUUCUCUAGAACUCUCCCGAAACCUAUUAGAAUGUGUUCCUGACUGGGCCUGUGAAGCAAAGAAGAUAGAAAUAUUAGAUGUCAGUUAUAAUCUUCUGACAGAGGUUCCUAUUCGAGUUCUUAGUAGCUUAAGUCUUAGGAAACUGAUGGUGGGGCACAAUCAGGUACAAAGCCUCCCAGUGCUCGUGGAACACAUCCCCCUCGAGGCGUUGGAUGUUCAGCAUAACUUACUCACCAGGCUGCCAGACACCCUCUUCUCCAAGGCCUUAAACCUCAGAUACUUGAAUGCUUCUGCAAAUAGUUUGGAGUCUUUGCCAUCUGCCUGUGCUGGGGAGGAGAGUCUGAGUGCACUGCAGCUGCUCUAUCUGACCAACAACCACCUCACGGAUCAGUGUGUGCCUGUCCUGGUGGGGCACCCACACCUGCGGAUCUUACAUCUUGCAAACAAUCAACUACAGACUUUUCCUGCAAGCAAACUAAAUAAGUUGGAGCAACUGGAAGAACUGAACCUAAGUGGUAACAAGCUUAAAACCAUUCCCACAACCAUAGCAAACUGCAAGAGGCUGCACACUCUUGUCGCACACUCCAACAACAUCAGCAUUUUCCCAGAAAUACUGCAGUUGCCUCAGAUUCAGUUUGUAGAUCUAAGUUGCAAUGACUUGACAGAAAUCCUGAUUCCAGAGGCUCUUCCUGCCACUUUACAAGAUCUUGACCUGACUGGAAAUACAAAUCUGGUUCUGGAACACAAGACACUGGACACGUUUAGCCAUAUCACAACCCUGAAAAUUGAUCAGAAACCUUUACCAACCACAGAUUCUACAGUUACAUCAACUUUUUGGAGCCAUGGCCUGGCUGAAAUGGCAGGGCAGAGAAAUAAGCUCUGUGUAUCUGCCCUGGCUGUGGAUAACUUUGCAGAGGGUGUGGGAGCUGUAUAUGGCAUGUUUGAUGGGGACCGAAAUGAGGAGCUGCCUCGCCUGCUCCAGUGCACGAUGGCAGACGUGCUUUGGGAGGAGGUUCAACAGGCAACAAACGACACUGUUUUCAUGGCUAACACCUUUUUGGUAUCUCACAGGAAACUAGGAAUGGCUGGCCAGAAGCUGGGCUCCUCUGCUCUCCUUUGUUACAUCCGCCCAGAUACUGCCGAUCCAACAACUACUUUUAGCUUGACUGUGGCUAAUGUUGGCACCUGCCAAGCAGUUCUGUGCCGAAGUGGGAAGCCAGUGCCCCUCUCUAAAGUCUUCAGCCUGGAACAGGACCCAGAGGAGGCUCAAAGGGUGAAGGGCCAAAAAGCCAUCAUAACAGAGGACAACAAAGUGAAUGGGGUAACCUGCUGUACUCGGAUGCUGGGCUGUACAUACCUCUACCCUUGGAUCCUCCCCAAACCCUACAUAUCAUCCACUCCACUUACCAUUCAAGAUGAGUUGUUGAUUCUGGGAAACAAAGCAUUGUGGGAACAUUUGUCUUAUAUAGAAGCUGUGAAUGCUGUACGCCAUGUACAAGACCCCUUAGCAGCUGCCAAAAAGUUGUGUACAUUAGCCCAGAGCUAUGGUUGUCAGGACAAUGUGGGUGCGAUGGUAGUUUAUUUGAACAUUGGUGAGGAAGGCUGCACUUGUGAAGUGAAUGGGCUCACUCUUCCAGGUCCUGUGGGAUUUGCUUCAACCACCAUCAUCAAGGACCCCCCCAAGCCAACCACUCCUUCCUCUAGUAGUGGUAUUGCCUCUGAGUUCAGCAGUGAGAUGUCCACUUCAGAGGUGAGCAGUGAAGUGGGAUCCACUGCUUCUGAUGAACAUAACACUGGUGGCCUGGAUGCUGGCUUGCUGCCAAGGCCAGAGAGGCGCUGCAGCCUUCAUCCAGCACCCACCUCUGGGGGUUUUCAGCGCCAGCCUUCUUGUGCGACUUUCUCAAGUAACCAGUCUGACAACGGCCUGGACAGUGAUGAUGAUCAGCCUGUAGAAGGGGUGAUGACAAAUGGCAGCAAGGUAGAGGUAGAAGUAGAUAUCCACUGCUGUAGGGGAAGGGAUCUUGAAAACGCCCCCACUCUUGUGGAGAACUCUUCUAGCCCAUGUCCUGAGGAACUCACCAGAGGAUUACUUUGGGGGAUCCGAAGACAGAACAGUGUGAAUAGUGGCAUAUUACUACCAGGGAGCAAGAACAAGAUGGAGUUACAGAAAUCUCCCUCUACUUCCUGCCUGUAUGGAAAGAAACUCUCCAAUGGCUCUGUUGUGCCCCUAGAAGAUAGCCUGAACCUCAUUGAAGUGGCCACAGAAGCACCUAAGAAGAAAACUGGCUAUUUUGCUGCCCCCACUCAGCUGGAGCCAGAGGAUCAGUUUGUUGUACCCCGUGACCUAGAAGAAGAAGUGAAGGAACAAAUGAAACACCACCAGGAAGGCAGGCCUGAGUCUGAGCCUAGCGAAGAAGACCGGACAGAGCUCCCAGAGGAGUUUGACACAGCCCUGUAAUUCUGCCCCAGGAACCACAGCUGUUAGAGCAGGCUGUGCAGUGUUGGAAUAGGGGACCCACCUGCAGGCAUUUUGCCCCUGCAUUUUAAACAAACAUAGAUGAGUGGGGUAGAACCCGGAGCCAAAAAUGGUGAGAGCUAUCAGGGUCUUGCUCUGCAUAAGCUAUAAACACCAUCAGUGUUAAGUUUCACAUUUAACCUACGUUGGAAUUCCCAGAAUUACUGGGAUGAAAGCAGAUGUUCUGUAUCAGUCCUACCACCUGCCAUUAACCCUUUCUCUCCUAGGAUAACCUUGAGAAUUUGCCUGCCUGGGCAGGAAAGGGACUAUUUCUGUGGAGGAAAUAACUGAAGAUUGAUUCCUUUACUAAUUGCUGCUGAUGGAUCUCUGUGACAGAGAAAUCACCUUAUAUCUCAAUCUGACUGAUGGGAUGUGAUGUGACUAGUCACAUGGCUUUUCCUUCUUCUCUACGAGAAUACAGCCUAUCAAAAUGACGUUUAUUGGAAAUGUAGAACCAAUCAGAUAAUUUAUGUAUGUAAUGUAAUGAGAGCACUUUUCAUUGACUGUGAACUUUAUAUUUUUGAAUCUGCACUCGAGCCAAUCUUCUUAGAGGCAGCCAGGCACCUUUGUCCACAGGCAAAAUGAUCUUUGAUCAGGUGUGGGAGCCUUCUGUGAGGGCACUAGGAAAGGUCCUGGGAAAUUCAUUGAACUGCUGGAUAUUAGACUGUGAAAGUUCUUGAGAAACUCAGGGGAGUAGUAUCUUCUUUGGGGGAUGAAGAUGGGAAAGAAGUGCAAACUAAAAUUACUUCCUUCUAGGUCAGAAAAAGAAUUAACUUCUUGACAAAAUGUGAUACCUGCUAGGACUCUCCCAGGUGACAAGAGACAUUUGGGCGACAGCCUCUUUCUUUAACAUGGGAUCAAGCUGGCUGUCAGCACCCUAAUCAGUAGGGCCAGGGCUGAUGCUGCUUGCAUCCAGGUAAACUUGAGUUGCAGCAGAUGACUCCCAACAGACAGGCUGAUUGAGAGCAGAUGGGUGGAUGGUGCUCACAGGUUAGACAUGUUCCUUCUCUUACUCUAGAGCAGAGGGAUAGUUUCCUAUCACUCUCAUUUCUUUAAUGUUUAAUAGAGUACUCUUCUAAAAACUGCUUACCCACCUCACAUGGUUUUGAAGUACUGGGGUCAGUUACUAAUAACCAAGAGUUAAUUGAGAAAGACCUAAGCUACAGAAAACCUGGUUUACUGUAUUUUUUGCACUUUCCAUAUAACCCUAGCUAAAUACAGUUCCUUCCAUAUUUCUGUUCUGUUGACUUCUCCAUUAGAAGACUUAAGAAAAAUAAUCCCUGUUCUAUGUAAUUUUGACAUUGCUUGAUUUACCCCAUGGGGAAUGUGCUGUGAAUAUUUAGAAUACUUUCACAAUUUAAAAGAAAAUGAAAUCAACCACUUUUAAUUUGUCUCAUGAGGAACAAAAUGUUAAAGAUGGGGUUUAUUAUUUAUUAGAAUUAUUUUUUUUUAAUUUUUGCUAAAGCAACAAUAGAAAGUCAGAUGACCUGUUUAUAGGUAGUUAUGAAUCUUUGUCUUCUCAGAGGCCCACCCAUGCCCAUGUGUUAGGGGUCCCAUACCCCUAUCUAACAUUCCAUCCCUCAAGAAACUGAAUUUUGAGUCUCCAGAUUGUUAGGAGCAUCUGAUAUCUCUGUGUUUAAUUACUGGUCAGCUACUGAAAACUUUUAAAACUCAGGUCUUGAUUUGAACUGUGGAACAUUGUGGUUUAUACAGAGUUUAGGUGCUGUUAGAAGUAUGGGAACAGUGGUGUGUUGCUGCCUUAUUUUUGUAUGGGAAGAUGAAAAUGAAGGUAAUCUAAGAUGAUAGUUGUGGGUGAUGUAAAGCAUCUUCCUUCUUGGAGAGCAGAACCUUCAUAUUAUGGGAUGGUAAUGUCUAGAAAAUUAAUGUAUUUGGGGAACAUGCCACUUUACUAUUGCAGGCACUUAACAAUAGCCCACUCCCUACCUGUUAACUCUUGUUCAUUUUCCAUCCUGCUUAUUGGAACCACCACAAAACUCAGUUCUGACAUGACUUUACCAAUUGUUGAUGUGUUUGCCUUUAGUCAGAGCUCUAAACUCCCAAAUAUUCAUGAUAGGUUAUUUUCAGGAAACAUUAGGUUGUAUAAAAACCUUUCAUCUAGGCUAUACCAAAACUGGUUAUUCUCUUGUAUAAUUUCCUUUAAUCAUUUCCCUCUAUAAUGGCUCUCUAUUAGCACAGAGGGCAAAAAGGCCAUAGCCCACUACCAAAAACAGACAGAACUCUUUGAUCUUUGGGUCAUUUUAGUCAUGAGAUCUGAUGAGGCUAAUCAGGUGGUGAAAUCCAGUGAUCUGUCUCCAGGCGAAUGUAAUCUGCUUCCCAGGACUUAACCUCGGGGAGGUAUUCCCCAGGUGGGCAGAGUGCAGGUGAUCUCCAGUCCAGAGAUUCUGGCCUCUGCAUGAUUCUCAGGUCUCUGUGUGUAGCUCCCUGUUAGUAGAGACGUUUAAGAGUGUUUGUGAAAGAACAUCAUUCCUUAUGGUAGCAGUUCAGGGGUCCCAUGAAAAAAAGAAAAUAGUGAAUUUUGGCAACCAUGAUAUUCUUAUUUUUACCCAAAUUGACUGGAAAUAUAUUAGAAAAUGUUAAUGCUGGUAUGUCCUAAAGCUGCAGUGCUACCACAGAAUCAUUGAAUACCACUCCCUAAUGUAAGUGAGGGCUUUAUUAUAAUACUGUAGAGUGUGCAUGUGUGCAAUAAGUGGACGAAUUCAUUUUCCUGGUAUGUAGAAGCGCCUACAUGAGCAGCUUGGUAAUCAUUGGGUGCUAUUACAAUUGUUUGUAGCGAGUGCUGUUUUCCAGGAGAUGGAGCCAGUUAGGUUUGGCUGAUCUACUGAAUAUCAAAUGAUGCUCUUCUUUCCAUGUAGAUCUUCAGCAAAAGCUGGUAGUUGGAAGCUAUAGGCUCACCUUCUCUACUUGUUAUUUUAAUGAAGAGACCUCCAUAAGGGAGCACUUGGCUGUUAUUGAUAAAUGUAUUAAUUAUUAAAUAAUUAGUCUCCAAGCCAUUCGGUGAUGUCUGCAGCAUCACUCUAGAACUGUUUUCUGUCACUUCUUACUUCCUUGUGGGGAUGGGCUGGGAUUCAGACUCCCCCAAUCAUGGAGGCAAGUCAAUCUUUCUCUUCAGUUAGUGACUUUUGCCCCAUAGUUGGGAAAGCACUUCCUUGACUGAGAAAAGCAACUACAGUAAAUCCUGCUGUUUUCCUCAUUCAAUCACACAUAAGCUCCUUGUAUUCUAAAUUUCAUACACUUCUCCCAGAUGCUAUAGGGUUUUCUCUCACUGUAGCCAAUGGAUGUCCAGACAGUGAGUUCAUAUCUUAUGGUUUUGUGCAAUCAUUGUUGUAUUGUAGUCCUAAGACUCAUUAUAGUGUAUUUUUGAUAUUUUUGAAAUGUGUUAAAUUUUUUAAUUCAAUAAUUGAGCCAGAGCAUGCUGCAGCAAAUCUAUUGUUUGUAAAAAAUAACAACAAUAAUAAUAAUAAAU